AUGUCGGUGUUGGUUUCAGAUGGAUCUUCUUCUUCCGGGGAACAAGUUAGUAGCGUGCGCAACAAGUUAAACUUAAAUGAGGAAUACAUGGAAGCCUUCAGAACCAAGUCUUACAAAGAAAUAUGGAGCAAAGUUCAAGAAGGUCAGCUGAGAAGAACAUCUGCAACAGAGGAACAAACUCUCUCCUCUUUAUUUUUAUUAUCUCCAUUUCCUUCUUACAUCUGCAAUCACCUACUAGAACCUCCGCAAGAGUUCCUAAUAGAAAUGAUCGAGAGUUGCUCCGGAUCAGAUCACCAACUCCGUAGCCUUCUCAUGGACUACUUCGAAUGCAGCUAUGAAGCAUGCAAGAUUUGUUGGUUCCUUCUCCAAAACAUAGAUCAAACACGUAUUGAUUAUUCCCAGAUUCAAAAAAUCAUUAACCUCAAUUGCAGCGGUGACUACACCGACGAUCAAUGCAGAGUCAUAUUCCAUGAGCUAGCUUCGUUUGCAAAGCUUACAAAUCCGCUCUCCAGCUUAAGCCUCUUUGAAUUCCAGUUAAUCCACGAUAGGUAUGAGUUUAUGCUCAAACAAUUAACAGUGACAUAUGAAAAGAUCAAGAAGAGAGCGAAAUUGAUUCGAUUGUGGAAGAAGGCUGCAGGAAUUAGCCUCGUUAUAACUUGCUCUGCACUUGCAGUGGCGACACUGAUCCUGGCGGCGCACACGCUUGUCGGCAUUGCGGCGUCACCGGCAGUAGUCACUGUUUCAUUGGGGUUAUUGAAGAGAAAGAUCAAAUCCAUUCGAAUGGCGCUCAACACGAGUUUGCUCUACAGAGUUGGAGCACAAAUUGAUGCAGCAGCGAGAGGGGUUUAUAUAUUGAACAGGGAUUUCGACACAGUGAAUCGGCUAGUGAUGAGGUUGCAUAAUGAAAUUGAUCAUGGGAAGGACAUAGCCAAGAUGGGGGUGAGGAAUCAAAAUAGGCAGAUGUUAAUGGAGGUCAUGAGGGAGUUUAAGACGAAUGAGUCUGGUUUCCUAGAACAUCUAAGAGAGCUGGAGGAACAUGUGUAUUUGUGCCUUCUUACCAUUAACAGAGCUAGAAGACUUGUUUUACAGGAAAUAAUGGUGCACCCACAAGGAAAUGGUUGAUUGUUUCUGGUGAUGCUACAGCUAGAAUUCCCACAAAAGGGAAAAAGAAAUAACCAUUCAUUCAUUUAAUUUGUUUUAUGCAAACAUAAUAAGGUGAACUCUUUCCCAAU